AAAUAAAAUAGAUUGGAUAUCUUGGGUUGGGAUAUAAUUUCUACCAUUUUUUUUUACUAAAUAGCUUUUAAAAUGUGUGGAAUAUUUUGUUGUUUUUCAAAAUCGUCAGAGCCACACAGCUGCUUAGAAAAUGAUCUCCUAAGAUCAUUGCAGAAAAGGGGACCUGAUGCACAAUCUGUACUAAAUUUAAAUACUGCCAGCGCUACCUUUGCGGGUUUUGUAUUGUGGCACCAAGGAGUUUAUUUGUGCAAGCAACCUAUGGAAUCUAGCGAAUAUGUUCUUCUAUUUAAUGGAGAUAUUUUUAAUUUAGAGGCACUGACAGAUGCCAGCGGAAUUUCUGACACUGAAUGGCUUUUCCACAAAUUGUCGAAGUGCAGCACUGAUGGUGAAAUUCUUAAUUGCUUUCGUCUUAUUGAAGGUCCAUACUGUUUAAUAUUUUAUGAUAAGCUAGAAGGGAAUAUAUAUUUUGCACGCGAUAGCCUUGGCCGAAACUCAUUGUUGAUCGAAAACACCAAAGAUCAUUUGCGUAUUUUGAGCACAUCCAGAUCUAACGAUGAGAAUAAAAAUACGACUGUAGAGCUUCCACCACUAGGAAUUUUUAAAAUAAAUAUAAAAAAUUUUGAUAAAUCCACUGUUUUCCCAUGGCAUCAUAUAGAUGACUAUUGGAAAUCUCAGGCAAAUAUAUUAGAAAGUGUUUGUGGAAUUAAGCUGUUUGUUGAACAAGCUGUAGAACCAUAUUGGUUUAGUCAACAAAGUUCUUUGGAAAAGUACACUUUUAACUUUUAUAGCUUUGAUGCCCAAGAGUUGUCUGCUGUGCAGCUAUAUGAUCAUUUAUUAAAAGAUAAGGAAAUACUAGAAGCUUUGAGAGAGUUCUCCAGUCUUCUAGAAAAUUCCGUAAAACAGAGAGUUCAGCUAACAACGAAAGUUUGUGCAAAAUGUUCAAUAUUGCCUUGCAAUCACUCAAAAGUUGCUAUACUUUUUUCUGGAGGAAUAGACUGUACUAUACUUGCAUUAUUGGCCGACAAGUUUGUUGAUAAAGCGGAUUCCAUAGACCUAAUUAAUGUAUCAUUUCAACAAGCCAACUCUGAAUUAGAAAAUUGGAAUGUGCCUGACAGAGAGUCGGCGCGACAGUCUCUGGCCGACCUUAAAGCCCUAUGCCCCAACAGAACAUGGAAUUUUAUCGAAGUAAAUGUUACUAGAAAAACAUUAUACACAAACUUAAAAGAGAACAUAAAACAUCUUAUAUACCCGUUGAACACGGUAUUGGAUGAAUCAAUUGGUUGUGCCUUUUGGUUCGCUUCACAAGGAUAUGGUUUACUAGAUGGAAGCCCCUUUGAGUCAAAUGCAAAAGUAGUCAUUGUUGGUAGCGGUGCCGAUGAACUGUUCGGAGGUUAUAUUCGACACAAAAAUGCUUAUAAACGCUGCAAUGGGACACAUGAAGACAAGGAGAAAUGUCUCUAUGAAGAAUUGGAGAUGGAUUGGCAGAGAAUACCAACCCGUAACUUAGCAAGGGAUGACCGUGUCAUUGCCGACAGUGGAAGAACUCCGAGAUCUCCUUUUGUAGAAGAAAACGUUGUCAAAUUCGCCCGAAGUUUAAAGCCUAGACAGAGAUGUUGUUUCCUGUAUGAUGAUGGGGUGGGAGACAAAUUGUUUUUAAGAUUGUAUGGAUAUAAAGCUGGACUAACAACUCCAACAUUUCUUAAGAAAAGAGCUAUUCAGUUUGGUUCCAAAAUCGCAAACAAAAAAGAAAAUGCAAAGGAUCGUUCAUUGUAUUUGAAUAUAAAACCAUUUGAUAAAAACAACCAUAUGGUUUGGCCAAGUCAUCAUGUAUGACAUUCAUAUCACUCUCUAUAUUAACCCAUUUUCAUAAACUUGGUAUGCAUGUUGGACGUAACAACAGAGAUUUAUAUGAGAACUCAAUAGGUACGCAAGAACUCAUACUUAAAAAU